UGGACAACCACAUUCUCCGGUGUGUUCAGUAUACCAUGUUUGUGCCCACACUCAUCAUCUUGUCAGCAUUGGCAAACCUAACAGCUUCGCAAAUUAAAGGGGUGCCUAUUCGAGAUAUUUUGAAACCCCAAAAUGAUGAAGAAGAAGCCAUAGGGACUUCAAGACCUAAGGAUGGAUACCGGGACUCUAAACUCUUCGAAUCAAAGGAUGACGACAAACGUUUCAAUCGCAAGGACGAAAAUCGAGACUCUAACCAUAAAGAUGAAGAUAGAGAAUUUGAGCGCAAGGAUCAAGAUCGCGACUUCAAUCGGAAGGAGCAACACCGUGAUUUCGAUAACACAACGGAGAGACAGACAAAACGGGGAUCAAAGAGCCAACUGCCAGGUUGCAAGGUGCCCAAGUGGGUUAGCUCAAGGUUUCCAUCCCGAACAGCAACCUUCGUUCGACCCAAUCAAAUUCUAAAUCUGGGUCCUUGCCGUCAAGCCUUUUGUCGCGUGAUUGGCGUGUCAAUGGAAUUGGCUAUUCAGGAGCAUUGCUGCGAGUUUAGGCAUCAUCACUUGAAUGGAUCCACGGCCAUCUUGAAAGUGGGAGAAACCAAAGAGGUUUGGCGAUCGGGUUGUCAGGUGCGGUAUGCCACUUGUCAAGACUACUUGAAUCCUCCUCAUGUGAACACGCGUCUAGUUACGGAGCAGAAGAAUGAUGGGUGUUGCUACAGUCAAGGCAGGUGGAUCAUGCCCGGGGAUCAUGCCUUCAUCCCGGAGAAAUGUUCCAAAUUGAUUUGCAUUCGCCAUGGCGCGAGUGCAAAACUGAUCUUUGAUUCCGUCUACGAUCAGACGGAUUGUUGUGAGUUCCAAGACCGGCUUGUCCAACCAGGAUGGCAAAUCUCAUCUCCCUUUUCUCGAGGGAACAUCACCUGCUACAACGGUAGCUUGGUCGAUAUGAGCAACGUGAAACAAUGCAGUAGAGUGGCUCUCGAUCAGAUUUGUCAGGAACAGAAAUGUGCCCAAGAUUCCGCCCUCAGAGAGUUGUUGAAGGUUCAAAAGCAUUUGUUCUACCAGAACGAGGGGCAUCGCUCUUUCCCAAGAUGGGGACCCGCUCCCAAAUAUGCCUCUGCCAUCACGUUAUUGGUCCCAAACACGGGGUCUGGGAAGUAUAUGGAAAACUUUUUGGACACCUUGAUCCGACCCAUGGAGCAGUUUCCAACCACGACCAUCACUUACAACGAGAAAAAUGCUUGGUAUUUGGACUCGGAGCUUUUGGUGAAAUCUAGGCCCAACAAAGCGAAUAAUGGCUUCGAAUUUGGAUCUCAAGGCGUUAAUGAGUACCAUCAUCGAGAGCGCGUGGAGAAAAUCAGUACUGAACGACAUUUGGACGUGGCCAUAUCGUCGGUUUUAGAUGCUUACCACGCAGAGUCCAGAGAUCAUAGUAUAUUUCAUUACCGAAGCCCUUGGGUGGUCUUGGUCAUUGAUUCCAAGUGGGAUGAGUCAGUAACAUUGCAAAUAUUUGAACGCCUUUCAACCAUUAUCAUCGAUUUGAAUGGAGGAAACUCAUUCUUGAGAGAGAAGUGCGCUAAGGACGCCUUAGGAAACUCGCUUUACUUCACAGCUGACCGAGUUCGUCUCCAUCAAAUCUUGGGAUAUGUCGCCAAAUGGAAUCAAUGCGAAUCACCCCAUAACACGUAUCCCCACGUUUACUCCACCAACGAUCAGAGAAUCCCAGCCCAAAACAAAUUCUCGAUCAUGCCACCUUAUUUCCGUUUCUCUCACAGAAACAAACCCUGCUGGGCCACCUGGUUCCACGUGGAUCAAAACAACUAUGUUGUCAAAAAACGUCUACCUUGCGAACGUCUUCGAAAGAUAACAGAAACUCAGGGGAGACCACGAGUCUUUCAAACCAUCAGGUCCAAAACCAUUUCCGACCCAACUGGUGACCAUGAGGAGACUGUCGAUCCUUUAUUGAAUGACAUGCCUCUGUCUUCCAAUCCCGACGUAAAAGAUUUCCUAGAAGAUUCUAAGGAAAAUACUGAACAAAUGGCCACUGAAACUCCGGAACCAGUGGAGCCAGUUUUGAACCCUGCGGACCUCCAACCCGAAGUG